UAGGGUAAAAGCUUUCAAAACUGUUUACAGUCUACAGAAUAUCUUUAAACAAUGAACUACAUCGCGCUGCUCUGCAUUUUCACGUACAUUUGCCUUUGGCAAUUUACUGAAGCUGCUCCAUACAUAAGCAUUGAGUCUAGUUCAAGAUCCAAGUCCGAGAAAAUGGUGGGUGGCCUUAUGAGAACUCUUUAUGACUUGAACGUUCAGGACAAAGUGGAUGAUUUCACUGGGCAACUGGUUCACAGGCGGCAGGCAGACUUUAAAUCGGAUUUUAUGAGCCCGGAAGCUUUAAACCAAUUACAUCGUAAUUUAGGCAUACAUAUAAAUAUAUAAGCAAGUUUGUAAUUUUUUAAGUACUGUUUUCGAGCAUGUAUUCGAAAAUCAGUGUAUACAUUUUAAUCUAAUCACAAUCGAUAAAGAUAUGCAUUAAUUUAUCUUAUACAACUACAACAUAUGAUCUAACCAUUUUCAAAUAUUAAAAUAUAACACUUGUACGAGUAGGAUACUGAUAUUUUGAAACUCUUAAAAUUAUAAAGUAAGACAAAUAAAAACAGG